AAUAUAAUAAAAUAUGACAAAUAUAAUAUAAAAUAUUUUAUAAAAAUAUUUCUGUGACAUAUUUGAAAGCACAUUAAAAAUAUUUUUGUAAUAUCAUGUCAUUUAAAACAGGAAUCAAAAAAAACAAAACAAUUAUUAAUAAUAAUGGCUGAAAAAUCUGGAUGUGGCGAAUUACAACAAUUAGUUCAAGAAGAGGAAUGUGAAGAACCAUUGAGUCAAGGUGGAGAAGCUACACCACCUUCCACACCAGCAAAAUCUCAUCAUCCAAGUAAAAAUGAUAUACGUAGUUCUCAUAUAUCGCAACAAGUAUUGUGGGAAACAAAUAUACAAACAUCACCUAUUGUUAGUAAAGGAAGUUCUGGUCAAGCAACAAGUCAAGGAUCUAUGGUUUCUGGUCGAGCCGUGAAUCUUUCAAAUCAUAGUAAUCAAUCUCGAUUAAUGUAUAUGAAUGAAAAAGAAAAACAAAAAUCACAUCGACCAGAAUUAUCAAAAAUUAAUCGUCAACAUAGAGCUAUGGCACCAUGCAAACAUCAUUGCUUUUUGUCAGAGGUUCCUGAUGUUCGACGUAUGGAACAAGCUUUAUUACAACUUUUGGAAGAUUUUCAUAGUGGCAAUUUACGAGCAUUUGGAAAAGAUUGUAGCAUGGAACAAAUGACAGAAAUACGAGAACAACAAGAGCAAUUAGCCAAACUUCAUUUUGAGUUAGGUCAACGACAAGGAAUUGGUGGAGAUCAAUCAGGUCUCAGACAUUCAAGUGCAAAUAUGGAUAAUUUAUUGGAAUGUUUGCAAGAACUUAGUGUUUGUAUUGAAAAAUUACAUAGCAAGUAAAUAUAAUAUAUAUAUAUAUAUAUAUAUAUAUAUAUAUAUAUAUAUAUAUAUAUAUUAUAUAUAUAUAUAUAAAUUUUAAACAAAAAUUUAAAUAGAAAUAUGAACAUUGAUAUGAUAUUUUAAAAAUAUGAAUAUUUUAUAGAAUAUUUUCAUAUUUUAAAAAUUUUUUAUAAUAUUGUUUUUAUAUAUAAUUGUAUAUUUAAUUUCUCAAAUAAUGAAAUCUUGAAUUUUUUGUUUUAACCUACUUAAAAAUUCCUCUUAAAAUAAUAAAUUAUAAUAUUAUUUGAUAGUAUUUAAUAAACAAUAAAAUAUAAGUAAUGUUAUUAAUUAAUUAUUUAUUCUAUUAAAUUAAAUUUGAUACUUAUUAAUUGUAUAUUUAUUUAAUUAUCUUUAUUAAAAUUAUAUAUAGAAUAAGAUUGAAUAGAUAAUAUAAAGACAAUCCGUAAUUUUUUUUUAAAAAUUAAUUUAAAAUUUUUUUAUCGAAUUUAAAAAAAAAGAAAAAUAUAAAAUUUUUAUAAAAUAGUAUAAGAUUUUUUUUAGAUCAAGAUCUUUCUUUAAGAAAAUUAAAUUUAAAAAUUCAUUGAAUUAUACGAAUAUCUAAUUACUUUUAUUUAAUUUCUAUUUUCUUGAAAGUAAGUUAGGAAAAAAAAUUUUAUUUUAAAUCUAAUAUUUUUUCAAAAACAAAUCUUUAAAGAAAAGAAUUUUAUUUUUUUUUUAGUUUUAUAUUGUGUGAUUAUAUUUUUGUUUAAUUUUCAUGUUUUAUGUAUAUGUCUCUUUUGAUUUUAAUAAAUAUUAAAGAAUAUAAAUAUUAUUUAUGUCUACUUUAUUAUAUACCUUAUAUAUCUUACAUAAUAUAUAAAAUGCAUUAAAUUGUACAUUUAAAUAUAUGUUAAUUAAUUAUAUGUUACAAAAUAAGUACUAAAAAUGUUUAUUUCCAAAAAUGAAUUAUAAAAUAAAAAUUAUGAAAUAAAAUUUUAUUUUUUUAAUA